AUGCUGGGGCACCUGCUCCUCCAGGAUCUGCCGGACGACCUGCUGCCGGAGGGCGGGGACUGCGACAUCUUCGUGCUGACCGGCUGGGUCGUGUCCAUUCCCACGCUGAAAGUUGCGGAGGAGAAGCUCAGGAGGCGGAGCUCAGGGAACAAUUCCCGGGUCUGGCUUCUGAUCAACCAGGAGUACCCCACCAACGACCUGGUGCGGAGCAAGCUGAAGCACAUCUAUGUUGACAAGGCCGUCAUAUUGGGCAACUGGUGGAACGAUACAACCCAGGAGCUCGUCGCGGAGGACCUGGCCUCGCUGUGGGUGCCCUUCGCCAGCACGGUCUUCGCCGACAGGAAACUGUCGACGCCGCUCGACCUCCUGGACAGGAGAAGGAGCGCCGGCCGCCUCCAGAAGUACAUCCGCACGUGGAAAGGGGCGGGCCUGGGGGAGGGGCAGGGCACGAUCGCGUACCAGCAGAGGUCCUGUGCCACCAACAAGCACCGCGACGCCGAGGCCAACCGGAGCGGCUGGCGGAACUACCGGGAGAGGUUCUGGGACCGAGUCAACGAGCUGCUGGCCAAGCAGGGCGGCCACGGCGGCUACGCCAUCGGCCAGUGCAACGGGGAGAAGCAUCUGGGCCAGCUGCUGACGCCCGUCUACAACAAGGCGAGCCUGGAUGCUCGGAGGGGGAUGCCCGAGUUUCUGGAGAGGGUGUUUGGAAACAUCUCCGUGGGCUUGUGGAAGGGCAAGAUGACCUUCUCCGGAGCUGAGUUCACAUUCACGAAAUACGACGAGUCUGCCGUGAAGUACUCCCACUUCAGGUUCGUCGUGUCUCUGGAGAACACCCUGAACAGCGUGGGCUACAUAACUGAGAAGGUGAUGGACUCAUUGCUCGCGGGCGCGAUCCCGGUUUACGCGGGGUGCGACCAGGCGCCAGAUGUCAUCGACCCCAGGAGCUACCUGCUCCUCAAGCCUGGACAGAAUGACCAGGAGGUCGCGGAGCGUGUGGUACAUGCUCUGAUGGAUCCGGCUGAGUACGACAGGAUGAUGAUGGAGAGCGCCAUCAGCGAGGCGCAGCUGCGGCGCUUCUUCUCCUGGCACCCGGCCGUGUGGCCCGCCUACGGCGACGGCCUGCGGCGCCGCAUCGUGGCCGAGCUGCAGCGGCUGUGCCGGCAGGGCCGGUAG